AUGGACUUCGAAGCUAAUGAAGAUAUCAAUGGUACGCGUUUCUCUUGGAACGUUUUCCCAGCUAGUCGAACGGACGCAAACAAGAACGUGGUUCCAGUCGGAUGUCUCUACACUCCACUAAAAGAAAAGGAGGAUCUAGUUGUGAUGUCGUACAACCCGGUAGUUUGUGGAGGUCCCUCAUGUAAAGCAGUAUUGAAUCCAUAUUGUGAGAUAGAUUUAAGAUCGAAUUCCUGGGCAUGUCCAAUCUGUAAUACAAGAAACCAUCUACCCGCACACUACGCGAACAUGACGCAAGAAAACAUGCCCGCCGAAUUGAGCAACACGACAAUCGAGUACAUAACAAAUAGACCGGUCCAGAUCCCUCCUAUCUUUUUCUUUAUUGUUGACAUUACUGCUGAGGAAGAAAACUUGCAAGCUUUGAAAGAAUCAAUUAUAACUUCACUUUCAUUGCUCCCACCCAAUGCUCUCGUUGGUUUGAUGACCUAUGGAAACGUCAUUCAACUGCAUGAUUUAUCUUGUGAGACAAUUGAUAAGUGUAAUGUCUUCAGAGGUGACAGAGAAUACCAACUUGCCAUGUUGGUGGAAAUGUUAACAGGUGAGAAAACCACAGGUAACAUUGCCCCAGGAUUAAAUACCAAAAUAACUCCAUUUUCCUUGAACAGGUUUUUCUUGCCUUUGGAGCAAGUGGAGUUUAAGUUGACACAAUUGUUAGAGAACUUGAAGCCAGAUCAAUGGUCUGUUCCAGCUGGACAUAGACCUCUAAGAGCCACUGGUUCUGCCUUGAAUAUCGCAACAUUGCUUUUACAGGGCUGCUACAAGAAUGCAGCUGCUAGAAUCAUUCUUUUUGCAUCUGGUCCUGGCACUUUGGCGCCUGGACUGAUUGUUUCCUCAGAGUUGAAAGAUCCCCUAAGAUCUCACCACGACAUUGAUUCUGAUAAUGCAAAACAUUACAAAAAAGCAUCGAAAUUUUAUAACCAAAUUGCUCAAAGAAUUGCUGACAAUGGCCAUACUGUUGACAUUUUUGCAGGUUGUUAUGAUCAAGUUGGUAUGUCAGAGAUGAAGCAAUUGACCGACUCCACAGGUGGUGUUCUAUUGUUGACGGAUGCUUUUUCUACCUCCAUUUUCAAGCAAUCCUUCUUGAGGUUAUUCUCGAGUGAUGAAGAGGGCUACUUAACAAUGGCUUUCAAUGGUACAAUGUCGGUUAAAACAAGUAGAGAUUUAAAAGUACAAGGCUUAAUUGGACAUGCUGCUCCUGUGAAGAAGACCGAUGCCGUCAAUGUCAGUGACUCCGAGAUUGGUAUGGGUGGUACUUCUACUUGGAAAAUGGCAUCUUUAGGUCCGCAUCACAAUUACGCUGUAUUCUUCGAAAUCGCGAAUACUGCUGCUACAGCUGGUGUCAUGGGCGAUAGACCAAAGCUUGCCUACAGUCAAUUUGUCACAUCCUAUCAGCAUGCCUCAGGCACUAACCGUAUCAGGGUAACGACUGUAGCAAACCAAUUGCUUCCAUUUGGUUCUCCCGCAAUUGCCGCCUCUUUCGAUCAAGAGGCUGCUGCUGUCCUGAUGGCUAGAAUUGCUGUCCACAAGGCCGAAUCAGAUGACGGUGCAGAUGUUAUCAGAUGGAUUGACAGAACUUUGAUCAAAUUGUGUCAAAAAUACGCAGAUUAUAACAAAGACGAUCCAAGAUCUUUCAGAUUGGCACCUAACUUUUCUUUAUAUCCUCAAUUUACCUACUACUUGAGAAGGUCUCAAUUCUUGAGUGUUUUCAAUAAUUCUCCCGAUGAAACAGCAUUUUACCGUCACAUUUUCACUAGAGAAGAUACUACAAACUCCUUGAUUAUGAUCCAACCUACUUUGACUUCCUUUUCUAUGGAGGAGGAGCCUCAGCCAGUUCUUUUGGAUUCCGUGUCCGUCAAGCCAAACACGAUUUUGUUGCUAGACACGUUUUUCUACAUCUUAAUCUACCACGGUGAGCAAAUCGCUCAAUGGAGAAAAGCUGGUUACCAAGAUGAUCCACAAUAUGCAGAUUUUAAAUCUCUGCUCGAAGAGCCAAAGCUCGAGGCCGCGGAAUUGUUGGUCGACAGAUUUCCUCUUCCAAGAUUUAUUGACACGGAAGCUGGUGGUUCCCAAGCAAGAUUUUUGCUAUCUAAGCUGAACCCAUCUGAUAGCUAUCAAGACCAGUCCGCUGGUGGCUCAACCAUUGUUUUAACAGAUGAUGUUUCUUUACAAAACUUUAUGGUUCAUUUACAGGAAGUUACUGUCAGCGGGCAGACGUAA